UUUAAGACGGAUGUUAAAUAGUGCUAUUAAAUGGCUAAACGAUGGAAAUAACAAACAGUUAUAGUGGGAUCCUAUGAAACGGAAAUCAUUUGUAUUAUUUAAGAUCUUGUCAGUUCUGCGUUAGGCCAAUAGUUUUUCAGCCAAACAAUGGCGAUGCAAAACCGAAAAAGACGGUGGCUAAGCGGAUGGGCAUUUUGUAAUUUUGCUCUUAUUUUUACUCAUUUGAAUGGAAUCUCAGCGCAGAUACGAUACUCCAUUCAAGAGGAAUUAAAAGUCGGAACGGCAGUUGGGAAUAUAGCUAACGACCUGGGAUUCGACACGUCGAGACUGGCGGACCGGAAUCUUCGUAUCGUGUCUGGAACAAAGCAGGACCUCUUCCAGGUAAACCAGAGAGAUGGCGCAUUGCUAGUGCACCACAGAGUAGACCGAGAGGAACUGUGCGUAAAAUCCGCGCCGUGUUUCAUCAACUUGAAAGCGGUGAUAGAGAAUCCGCUAGAAAUGCACCAAGUCACAGUCGAGAUAAUGGAUGUAAAUGAUAACUCCCCUACCUUUCCAGAUGAAACCUAUAACUUAGAGAUACUAGAGUCUGCUACCACUGGAGCCCGACUCCAGUUGGAAGGAGCUCACGACCCAGAUACUGGCGUAUAUUCUUUGCAAUCGUAUAAAUUAAGCCAGAAUCAAUAUUUUCGAGUAGAAAUUGAGGACUUUGGCGAGGAUGGCAAAAUUCCGUUUUUGAUUUUAAAAAGCCCUUUGGAUAGGGAACACAUAGCCCGAUAUGAUUUGACGUUAACGGCCUUAGAUGGAGGCAAGCCACCAAAAUCAGGAACUCUUAAUGUUACAGUGACUGUGUCUGAUGUAAACGACAAUACUCCUGUGUGUGAUAAGCAGAAAUAUACCGUAACAGUAAAAGAAAACGUACCUAAAGGUACAUUUCUAUUGCGAGUUAAUGCCUCUGAUUCGGAUGAAGGCGUGAAUGGCGAGGUGGAGUAUUCAUUGCGAAGUAAAUUCAGAGGUAUGGCUGCUGAGCCAUUUGAGUUGGACAGCAAAACAGGGGAGCUAAAAGUGAAGGGAGGCCUUGAUUUCGAGGAGAAGCAGGUGUAUGAGAUGAAGAUAUUGGCCUCGGACAAGGGAGCAGUAUCUCUCUCCACGCACUGCAACGUGCUCGUCAGAGUGGAAGACGUGAACGACAACAGGCCUGAGAUUGACGUCACCUCUCUGUCUAGCCGGAUACCAGAGGACGCAACUCCCGGAACCGUGGUGGCUCUGAUGGGGAUGAACGACCUGGACUCCGGUGUAAACGGACAGGUAGUCUGUUCUUUACCGGAGGAUUUACCGUUCGUUCUGAAGCCUUCUCUUGAUGGAAAUUUCUUUUCGUUAGUCACCAAUGAUUACCUUGAUAAAGAGUCGGUGCCUCGGUAUGAUAUUACAAUCACGGCUAAAGACUUAGGAAUCCCUCCUCUGGUGUCAACUAAAGUCAUUCAAGUGGAGGUAGUGGAUGUUAACGAUAAUAGUCCGCUAUUCACUGAAAACCCAUAUACAUUUUAUGUCGUUGAAAACAAUAAGCCCGGUAUGCCCAUUUUCUCAGUAAGUGCGUCUGAUGUUGAUGAUGGUGAAAAUGCAGAAAUUGUAUAUUCUCUGGACCGUGGGAACACUGGACAACGCGUGACAUCCUUCCUGAACAUAAACGAGGGCAACGGUACCAUUUACGCACUAAAGAGCUUUGACUUUGAAACCCUCAAAACGUUCCAGUUCUGCAUCAUUGCCAAAGACUCUGGAACUCCGUCUCUAAGCAGCAACGUCACAGUCAACGUGUUCAUUCUGGAUCAGAACGACAACGCUCCAGUGAUCUUGUAUCCAGUCAGCCCUAACGGUUCUGCUGAAGGUGUGGAGGAGAUUCCCCGUAAUGUGAACGCAGGCCAUUUGGUGACUAAAGUGAGAGCCUAUGACGCUGAUAUAGGAUAUAACGGCUGGUUAUUAUUUUCACUGCAGGAAGUUACUGACCACAGUCUCUUUGCUUUGGACCGCUAUACAGGACAGAUAAGGACACUUCGGUCAUUCACAGAGACAGACGAGGCUGAGCAUAAACUGGUCAUACUGGUAAAAGACAACGGGAACGUUUCACUGUCAGCAACAGCUACUGUGAUUAUCAAGGUUGUGGAGCCCAAAGAGGCUUUUGCAGCUUCUGAUGUUAAAAGUUCAGUAAAAGAUGACGAGGAGGAGAACAGCGUUACAUUUUAUUUGAUCGUUACUUUGGGGUCAGUUUCAACGCUUUUUCUCAUCAGUAUCAUCGUGUUGAUUGUAAUGCAGUGCUCCAAAACCACAGACUAUUCCUCCAAGUAUUUACAAGAUGUGAAUUACGACGGGACACUGUGCCACAGCAUCCAGUACAGAUCCGGAGACAAUCGAUACAUGUUAGUUGGACCCAGAAUGAGUAUAGGUUCUACUAUUGUCCCGGGCAGCAAUGGAAACACUCUAGUGGUUCCCUCAGCACACAGAGCUUCUGGAGAGGUAAGAACUCUCUCUCUAUUCUUUACAGCCUAUUAA